CUCCCAACUCCAGUCUUCAGUCCUCUGCGAGCUUCAGUGACACGGCCGCUAGCGACGACGACAUGAACGCCACUGGACUAUUGGUGCCUGUGCUCCCACGUCGCCGCUCCCCUGAAACCGCAAAGCAUUCCACCAACCACUCGCCGUCAGUCUGUCGCCGCACUGACGCAGCAGCUUCCAACGGCGGGGGCUCACGCACGCGGCACCCCUCCCCCAUGGAGUCGCAGUGGCUGCGGGUCCUGGACACCGCGCGCCUGUCGCCACACGCCCCAGCGCCGCUCCCACUCUCCGUCCUCGACGCCGACCGCAACGUGCUCGACGUCACCUUCCGCACGCUCCGCUUCUUCCCGCCUCCCCCACCGCCCGUCGACCCCUUCGCGGUCCUCACCCGCGCGUUCGCCGCCGCGCUCGGCCUCUUCCCCGCGCUCACGAGCUGCGUCGUCCUCGCGGCGUCUGUUCUGUCGGCAGCCGACGUCGACACCGACAGCCCUGGAUCGGUGCUGCUCGACUGCCUCGCGCCAGGGGACGGCAAUGGCGGCAGCGGCGCGGAUGGCCUGGCGCUAGCGCUUCAGGCCACGCGGUUCGCGUGCGGUGGCGUCGCGCUCGGGAUGCGGGUGGCGCACGCGCUCUGCGAUGGCGCGAGCGCCACCAAGUUCCUUGCCGCCGCUGCGCGGUUCGCGCGUGGGAUGGGUCCACCCGACGUGGCGCCGGUGUGGGAACGUCGAGAGCUGCUGGGGCUGAGGCAGCCGUCUCGCGUGGCGACGCCGGUGUUCGACCGUGUCCUCGAGCUCGCACGCGGCGUCCUCGGCGAUGGGGCUGACAAGCACGGCCGGCGGUGGCGUCGGCGGCUGGGGUGCAAAUGCGCGCCCGGACACGCUCCAGGACUGGGAUAGGAAUCCAGUGGGGAGCAGUUUAGGCGAUUGGGGAAGAAUCCGUCUCCCGCGUAUAUGCGGGGUGACGAAGGUAUUUUUAGCGUCCGCGUAUUUUUACAGGAAGGAUGGGGAAGCUGUUGGAGGACAUACUGUUUCGUGUACAUUCGCUAAUGCCAAUGUGUGAAGCUGCUCGUGCUGCUUGCCUAUCUCGCGCCUUUCUACAUUCAUGGAGAUGUCAUCCCAAUCUCAUCUUUAUAAGAACACGAUUGGUUUGAAGAAAAAUGCAUAUGGAGAGAAUUUCCACCACAAAAUUAGCCACAUUCUUAGGAACCACUCAGGCAUUAGCUUGAAAACAUUCAAGCUUGACUACAGUGGCAUGUGCAGGUUUGAUGGAACUAGUUAUCUUGAUAAUUGGCUUCAAAUUGCUCUUAAAC